AAACCCAGAACCCCUUGGGGGACAAAUCCUACUUGCCUUAUUCAGAUGAGUAGUACCACUGACUUCAGGGCAUGAUUCAAGGUACUAACUGGCUUGAUCAAGUCCUACAUGACUUGGAAAUUACAGCUGCAAAAUAUACAGAGGAGGAAAUUAAUGAGAGAAUUAAUAUUACAAAUGAAUUAUCUGUAUUUCCACUUCUAGAAUUUGGGGAUCCAGAGAAAUUUAAGAGGAUGAAGGAAUUACCUUUCAGAAGAAUCAUAAUAACACAUCUUCCUCCUCAAGUCCUGCCAAAAUCUAUUUUCAAAAGCAAGGCCAAGAUACUGCUGCUAGUUCGAAGUCCAAAAGACACUGCUGUAUCUUACUUCCAUUUUCACAACAAUAUGCCUACACUUCCCCCCUUUGGCUCAUGGGAUGAGUAUUUUGCAGCUUUUAUGCAUGGAAAAAUGUCCCGGGGCUCCUAUUUUGAUUAUUUAGUUGAAUGGAACAAGCAUAUGGAUGAUGAAAAUGUUAUGGCGAUAACCUAUGAAGAGCUGAAAGAGAAUCUGAUGUUAGGACUGAAAAAAAUAGCUGACUUCUUUGGGUAUUUCCUGAGUGAGGGAGAGAUUCAGACUGUUGCAGAGAAGAGCAGCUUCAAAGCUAUGAAAGAGAAAUCCUCCAAAACUCAUGGAACAUUUGGGAAAAUUCUCUUCCGUAAAGGAAUUAUUGGUGACUGGAAGAACUAUUUCUCUGAAGCUCAGAAUAAAGAAAUGGACAGAAAAUUUGAAGAGUGUUUAGCAGGAACUAAACUGGGAGAAAAGAUAAAAUAUGGAUUGUAUUGCAAGGCCUAAAGAGCAAAAUCUAAUGCAUCUGUUUCCCUUA